AAUCUCUCCGGCAUAUCGAUAUCGUACGGCGUCGCAUCUUCAUCAUCGGGAUCCUGCCUGGGCACCAGCGCUGUUAUAUAGAGGCCCUGGUGGCUGCUGUCGUCUGGUGUCUCAUCACGUCGAGUCCAGGACAUCUCCGAAUUCGCCUGUGCAUGUGAUUUCGCCUCUCGCAAGUCAUGUCGUCGACUGAAGCUCAACCCGACGCCUCCGCGGCGUCUUUGCAGGGGAUGGAGCCCCUUGCCUGUGUCUCGUGCCGGGCCAGAAAACUCAAGUGUGAUCGCACGAAGCCUGCCUGCACUCGCUGCGUCAAGGUCAAGAAUGAAUGUGUGUAUCCCGAGUCACGGAGGAAACCGACUUUCAAGCGGCGGAACGUCAAGGAGCUAGAAGCUCGUCUGGCUCAGGUUGAAGAGUAUCUUAAAGAAGUCAACAAGGGCAAUGACGAUGGAGCCAUCCUUUUAGAUGAUGCCGACAUUUCCCUGGGCGACUUUACUUUCGCCCCUGACAACAUUAGCCAAGAUGCCAACACCUCAAGCAGCGCAUCAGACCCAACCUUGUCCUUUGACAUUCCCAAUUUCACUAGCCAAGAAGGCAGUGCUUUCAACAUGAACAAUCAGCUAAUGGGCCUUGGAAUGUCCGAGGCUCUACCUCCCUUUGAAAUGAUUGAAGAAUUGCACAACGUCUACUUCACCACCCACUAUCACUUUCUCCCCAUCAUUCAUUCUGGCCGCUACUAUCAGGCUUUCUAUGGACCGCCAACCAGGAAACCGCCAAUGUGUUUGCAGUAUGGAAUUUGGGCGUUAUCUGCGAGUGGACACCUCAAAUAUGACCACUAUGCCGAAGCUUUCUACAAAAGAGCGCGGCAGUACAUGGAAGCAGAUGAGAUGAAGAGUGAUGGCGAGCACUUUGUCACGGUAAAUCACGCCCAAGCAUGGGCCAUCAUUGCUAGCUACGAGGCGAAAGCCAUGCUCUUCACCCGAGCAUCUAUGAGUGCUUCUCGCUAUGUCCGGCUUGUUCAGAUGCUGGGAUUGGACAGACUUGAUAGAGAAGGAGACGACAUCCCUCCAACCCUUGGCCCCAUUUCCAACUGGACCGAGUUAGAGGAGCGCAGGAGGGUCUUUUGGGGCGCGUUUGCAAUCGAUGCUCACGCAAACAUGGCAACGGGCUGGGCCAAUAUGAUUAAGUCUGAAGAUGUAAUGACGCGCCUUCCAUCUUCCGAGGAAGCCUUCAUGGCGGGGCGAGAAGAGAAAACAGUGUUUCUGGAGGAUGUGUUUACAGGAGCUCCUUUCGAGAGCUUCUCCGGCGCCAUCGUCAUAUGCGAGGUCUUCAAGACUAUCUUGAGACACGUUCAUGGAGCGAAACCCUCUGACCACCCCGAGGACUUGAUGAACGGCGCCUAUUGGAAGCGCCACCGCGAUCUCGACAACAGGCUAUCUAGCCUUUUCAUGUUCCUGCCCGAGAAGUUUCGCCUACCUCAGAGGUCUCAAGACCCAGCAGCCGUGCAUACAAAUCUGAACUUGCACGCGUCUGUAAUAUGUCUACAUCACGCCGCCAUCGAGACAGUAGAAAAAUUUGGACUCGACGACUCUAUCAAGCAGAACAGCAUAUGUAGGCUGAGGACAUCUGCUGAAGAAAUUGUCAGCAUUAUUAAGAUGACGUCGCAUACGGCCUCAAUAUUUAAAACGCAGCUUUGCGCACUCUCAUUGUAUUGUGCUACGACAGUGUACGUCUAUUUGGCCAAAGACGACCCUAUCUCCGGCGUGACGCCCAUCGAUAUUUCCAACCUGGAGAUUAUUAUAAACGCAAUGGAAGCCGUUGGCCGACUGCACCAAGUCACAACCGCUUUUCUCCAACAAGCUUGCCUCGAUAUUGAGCGUAAUGGUCUGACAGGCUGCCUCCGGCUUCCAUCUCUGUCAAAAUACCGCGAUCUCUUUGGCGGCCCAGCAUCCAAUAUCCCCCGACUUGCUCGGAGUUCAAUAUCGAAACACACUGAGAUGGCUUCACCAUUGCCUGGGAGACUACCUCUUGGUGGCCCCAAAGGCCACAGGAGGCCAUCUGGCUUAAGAAUGAGUAAGCCACUUGCCUCUCUGACAGGCAUCCAACCAGAGUUAAGCCAUACAACAGAUUGUUUCAAUGCCAUCCUCGGCGCAGUUACCCGAAACGUGGCUCCAAAGUCAUUCGAUCCUGUCAGCCAUAAGAGAAAGCGGGUAGCUGUAAGCCCAGGCCCCGAAGUAAAUAUGGCGGCAACCCCCAGGACCUCCGGGAUGACAGCAAAGGAGUUUCGCUUCACCCUCAGCAAGGGAGCUAUGGAAACCCCCGCGAACAACGCUUGUGGGAAUCUAUUUCCUGGAGAGGUAGAUUUGAGUAUGAAUACCCAAACCGUGGACCCGAUUUUUGUGCUCCCGGACCGCACUAACUCAUCAGCAUCAUCUCCAAUACAACGAGGAGCUGCUACAGAAGUAUUUUCAGCGAGCAGCCACACUUCACCCAGCUUAGGUCUUGGCAAUACUCCCGAGGAGAACCGCAUCGAUCUUCGACAGUUCCAAGGCCGCAUUACAACUCCACUUUGGCAUAGCACAGAAGAAGGGCUGUUUAACCACAUUACAGAGACAAUUGCACAGUACUCAGGGGACGGCAACGACCCCUGGGCCGAAUCAAUUGAACUGAAAGGGGGGCGAAAAAGGGAAGAAAUCGAAAUCAUGUUCGCCUACAUCGUCGGCUUAUUAGCAAUCCUGCUCUUCGUCGCGAACCCCAUCACCCAGUAUUUCCUGCCACAAAGCUCUCGCUCGAGAAAAUCUCUGUCGCCGCGGCCGCAGCUGAACGAGUCGCUGCUGGCGAUUGAUUUGCCGAAUGCCACGGCGCCGAAUUGCCUGGCUGACGCGUACGGGGCGCGGAUUUUGAGCAGGGAGCCGCUGGUGGUGUAUCUGGAGGGGUUUUUGAGUGAGAGCGAGAGGAAGCAUUUGCUUGAGAUUAGCGAGCCUAUUUUUGAGCCGUCAACCAUCACUCAUGACUCCAGUGCUACGCAUCGUGACACUACAGUCCGAGACUCUUCUGUUGCCGUCUUGCCCCGAACAGAUAUCGUUCGCUGCAUUGAGGCUCGCGCACUGGCUUUCCAAGGGUGGCGGCGAGACACUUGGAUUGAGCGGCUGCGAACGCAACGAUAUGUCGCUGGUGGGCAUUACAACCAUCAUUUCGACUGGAGCGGCAAUGCGGAUGGAUGGGGUAGAGUGAGCAGCUUCAUGGCUUGGGUUGAUGCGGCUGAUGAGAUGGAAGGUGGAGGGACGGAGUUUCCGCUGCUGGAAACUACGAUCGAGGGAAAUGCGCUGAAAUGGUGUGAUUUGAUCGAGUGCGAGAGUGAAAAGGUCGGAGAUGGAGAGCAGAAGAAACUUGAUGAUGAGGGAGAAGUGGAAGAGAAAGGGACUACGUUCAAAGUAGUUCCUGGCAAUGCAGUGUACUGGGAGAAUUUCGCCCGGGAUGGCAGGGGAUAUGACGAGACUUGGCAUGCUGGCUUGCCUGUGAAGAAGGGGGUCAAGGUCGGGUUGAACAUUUGGAGCUUUGGACGGAUAGAGUGAGUAAAGUCUGGCUUUGCUUUUUUAUUAUUUAUAAAUCAUUGGCCGAGCGAUAAAACUGUUAUUAUAUAGCGUCAUCCACUCAAAUUUGUAAGGGUAUCGAUCUGAAGAAGGGAAACAAUAGAAACAGUACGCC